AUGCAAAACGCCAGAAGUUUGGCCAUUGAUGUCAAUGGUCCACUCGAAACUUCUCCAAUCUCAGAGAAACUAAAUCCAAAGCUUGUGUACGAAAUCAAAGUGCAUGGCUUCAUGCUCUGGGCAUCGAUGGGUGUUUUAAUGCCCAUUGGUAUAAUCUCCAUCAGAUUAAUGUCUACCAAAGACCAACCUUCAAUCACUCUUCAACGACUCUUCUUUCUUCAUGUCACUUCCCAGGCAGGGACUUUUGGGUUCUUCGAGAUUGUUAAUCACAUUGAUAAUCAUAUCAUCGCAGUGAUACUUGUGACAAUAGGGGCUAUAAUGUCAAUAAAAAACUUUAACAAUUCGUUCAAUAAUCAUCACCAAAGGCUAGGAGUUGGACUUUACGCCAUUGUAUGGUUCCAAGCUCUUCUUGGCUUCCUCCGACCUCCAAGGGGAGGAAAGAGUAGAAGGAAUUGGUUUGUAGCACAUUGGAUAUUUGGAACAUCAGUGGCUAUUCUUGGGAUAAUAAACAUAUACACUGGCUUAAAUGCUUACACUCGAAAGACAUCAAAAAGUGCUAAGCUUUGGAUCAUACUCUUCACGGCACAACUCUCUUCUAUAGUCUUGAUCUAUCUUUUUCAAGACAAGUGGACUUAUAUCCAAAGCCAAACUACAGUUGAUAGAACCCAAGUCGUUGAUCAUAACAGCAACAUCUCAUCCGCAGAGACUAGCCAUGGAGACGAGGUCGAGAAGACUAAACCGGAUUUAGAGAAAUGCUAA